GAUGUAUAUUUUAUACUAAACUCCAUAGAUCUCACGCAUUCUGUGAUGGAAAGGUAAUAACAACAAUACAGACCGAAAUAUAGAGCAAAAUCUUUCAACUUUAUCAUAUUACUAGUUUCUUUCCAGUUUUAUUUCCUGGUUCAUAAAAACAAGAUUUGAAGAUUCAUGGGUACUGGUUGGCGACGAGCAUUUUGCACCACUGCCCCAAGAAACAGUGACGCGGCGGCCCCGGAUCUCGACAAGCAACACGCAGGCUACACGCCUAGCCCAAGAAGCUGCGUGAAGCUAGCUUUUCGCUCCGUGGGAAGUAAUCCGUCAACUCCCCGACUAAGUUCUAGUCCAAGGUUGAGUUGUAGGACAACGGAUGCCAGGACUCCUGCUCUAAAGACGGAGCAAAUCCCGACGCCAAGAUCGGCGACAAAGAGCCCCAGACUCUCUUUGAAAGCCAGGUCCAACCCUUCCUCGCCUCGGUCGCCGUUAAAGCUUUCUCUGUUCCGCAACAGCUUCAAAUUCCGAAGUAAUUGUGGGAUAUGUUUGAACAGCGUGAAAACAGGGCAAGGGACGGCGAAAUAUACGGCAGAGUGUUCACAUGCGUUUCAUUUCCCUUGUAUCACCGAUUACGUCGGUAAACACGGCAAGCUUGUUUGCCCUGUUUGCAACUCCCUUUGGAAAGACGCUUCUCUUCUAACUCCUCAUCGGAAAGGAACUGAACCUCCCUUGGAAAAUAUCGAGGAGAAGCGUGUUGUUGCCGUGGCAUCUUCUCCUACAGAAAAACCCAGACUAAAGCAGUCUCACAGUUACGAUGAUGACGAGCCUUUGCUUUCGCCACGGUUUGUCACCAUACCUGAGGCUGAUGAGGAGACUGACGUGGCUCAGUUCAAGGGAUUCGUGGUGGACCCGAGCCCUUCCUUUGCAGUCAAGUCUUACGAGAUUCCCACCAAGGGUCGAGAUUUUGGAAAUGUGCAGGUGAGCUUGUUACCUGAAUCUGCCAUUGUCUCUGUUGGGUGUGGUUACGAGACCCGUGCAGUGGCUCUGCGAGUGAAGGCCCCACCGCCUCUAGCUGCAAGAGGGCGUAGGCAUUUAGAUCCUUCGCAACGUGCGCCGGUGGAUCUGGUGGUUGUAGUUGAUGUAGGUGGAACCAUGAACGGUGCAAAACUCCAAAUGGUUAAACGAGCCAUGAGGCUUGUGAUUUCCUCUCUUAGCUCGGCUGAUCGGCUCUCUAUCGUCACUGCUUCCUCGACUACUCCGAAGAGACUCCUCCCACUUAAGAGAAUGACGGAGAAUGGCAAACGAUCUGCUGGAGUGGUGGUGGAUGGGCUCCUUUGCUGUCAAAGUUCUAAGAUAAGCGAUGGUUUGGAAAAAGCUGCAAGAGUGCUGGAGGAUCGCAGGGAGAGAAACCCAAUCGCUAGUAUUGUACUCCUAAAGGACGGUCAGGGAAUUUCGAGUAGAGCCAACACAAAUCAAAGGUCUACAAUAACUCAUGUGGGGUUAACACGCUUUGCUCACAUAGAGAUUCCUGUUACUGAGUAUGGCUUUGGAGAGAGUGGUGGGUGCAGCAGCCAUCCCUCUGUCGAAGAUGCUUUUGCAAAAUGUAUAGGAGGCUUGCUUAGCGUGGUGGUUCAAGAUCUUAGGAUCCAAUUUCGAGUUGGACCAGGAUCUGGACCAUGUGAAAUUGCAGCGGUUUAUUUAUGCAGUGGACAACCCACUUUGGUGAGUUCUGGUUCUGGAUCAGUCCGGCUUGGGGACCUUUACGCAGGCGAAGAAAGAGAGCUUUUAGUGGAGCUUAGGAUCCCAUCAACGGCCAGCAUGGCCCACCAAGUUCUAUCAGCUAGGGGUCUAUAUAAGGACCCUUCUACACAAGAAGUUGUAUACGGACGAGACCAAUCACUCCGCGUUCCCCAAGCCGUAAGAUCAUUUUCUCCUAGUACCGAACGGUUGAGGAGCCUCUUCAUAAUGACACGGGCGGUUGCAGAGUCUCGAAGGCUGGUAGAAUACGGGGAAUGCACAAGCGCACACCACUUGUUAACGUCAGCGCAUGCACUGCUUGGGCAAUCAAGAACGGGGGAGGCAGCGGAGUAUGCCAAGGUAGUGGAGGCGGAGUUGGUGGAAGUUCAGUGGAGGAGGCAGCAGCUGAUUGAAUAUCAGAGUCAGCACCAACAACAACAUGUUCAACGGCGGAGAGGGAGAGAAAGAGACACGACGAUGGUUUUAGUUGACGAAAAUGGUGAGCCGUUGACUCCUGCGUCGGCCUGGAGAGCGGCUGAGAAGUUGGCUAAGGUCGCUAUGAUGAAGAAGAGCGACUUGCACGGCUUCGAAAAUGCAAGAUUUUAGCUUUACGGUUUUGUUAUUAAAAAGAAUAAUUUCGUUUGAGAGGGAACAAAUGAAAUGUGUAGUAGUCCCAAUGUCAAGAGCAUCUUUAUCUCUAAGAAAAGCUCAGUCAUGGAGUUUUCUGGAUCUCUAAUGAUUAACCACGGUUUUGGAAUCAAUUUUGAAUCCAAUCAGCUGAAUCUUAGGAAGAAUGGUGUUUUUAUAGGAAAGGGUUUUGUUAAAUAUGAACUUGUUAAAAUGUUUGUUGGUCAUUUGGAA